AUGGGAGAGAUCUAUCCUACUCUUGCGCAAUGCGCCGUAGUGGCUGCCGCAUUCAAAAUCUUGUUGUUCCCAGCAUACAAAUCGACCGAUUUCGAAGUCCACCGAAACUGGCUCGCCAUCACCAACAGCCUGCCAUUAUGGGAGUGGUACUACGAAAAGACGUCCGAAUGGACGCUCGACUACCCUCCGUUCUUUGCAUACUUUGAAUGGAUCAUGUCACAGGUCGCGAAGCUGGCUGACCCGGCCAUGCUGAGGGUGCGCAAUCUCGAAUACGCUAGCUGGGAGACGGUAUACUUUCAGAGGCUCACUGUGAUUAUCACGGAACUUCUUUUGGUCUACGCUCUCCAAUUAUUUGUGGACUCAAGCCAUGGCACAUCGAAGCGCGCGGCCCAGGCGGCUGCCUUUUCUAUCCUGUUGUCACCAGGUCUCCUUAUUAUCGAUCACAUUCACUUCCAGUACAACGGGUGCAUGUACGGCAUCCUCAUUUGGUCCCUGAUUUUGGCUAGGAAGAAGUCGACCUUACUGUGGAGCGGCCUGUUGUUUGCGGCGCUGCUGUGCAUGAAGCACAUCUACCUCUACCUCGCGCCGGCAUACUUUGUCUUCCUGCUCAGGGCCUACUGCCUUUCUCCAAAGUCGAUAUUCCGGAUUCAGUUUCUCAACUGCGUGAAGCUGGGCGGAGGAAUUGCGGCCAUCUUUGGGGUGGCGUUUGGUCCGUUUGCUCUCAAGGGGCAGAUCCCCCAGAUCUUGAGCCGGCUGUUCCCCUUUUCUCGGGGUCUAUGCCAUGCUUACUGGGCGCCAAACGUGUGGGCCAUCUAUUCGUUUGUGGACCGAGUCUUGAUCGUCCUCGCGCCCAGAAUUGGUUUGUCGGUCAAGAGCAGCGCGCUCCAAAGCGUCACCCGUGGCUUGGUCGGAGACACUGCGUUUGCCGUCCUUCCCGACAUCACGCCACAGGUGUGCUUCGCCUCGACUUUGAUCUUCCAGGUCAUUCCUCUUGUGAGGCUGUUUGGUCAGCCCACAUGGGAUACCUUUAUUGGAGCUGUCACGCUGUGCGGUUAUGCUUCCUUCCUGUUCGGAUGGCACGUCCACGAGAAAGCCAUCCUCCUGGUCAUCAUACCAUUCAGCCUCAUUGCUCUCAGGGACAGACGCUAUCUUGGUGCCUUCCGGCCGCUGGCUGUUGCGGGACAUGUUUCACUGUUCCCGCUCCUGUUCACACCGGCCGAGUUCCCGAUCAAGACCGCAUAUACCAUUUUCUGGUUGAUCCUGUUCCUAAUGGCAUUCGACCGUCUCGCGCCUGCAUCGCCCCGGCCGAGGUUCUUCUUGUUUGACCGCUUCAGCACGCUCUACAUCACAGUGAGCAUCCCGCUCAUACUGUACUGCUCGCUGCUGCACGGGAUCAUUUUCGGCAGAAGUUACGAGUUUCUCCCUCUCAUGUUCACCAGUUCGUACUCGGCUAUAGGAGUUGUCGGCAGCUGGGUGGGCUUUUUGGUGGUUUACUUCACCUCAUAG